AUAUGUAUGUAUAUAAAGGGUAACGACUUUGCUUAUCAAGAACAUAGUCAAGAUCCAAGAACCAAGAAUGGAAACUAUUUUCUUCAACCAAUACCUAAAACCAGAGCUCUCUUUCGAUUCUUUUGAAGAAUCAUUUUCUUGGAACGAUCAUAAUUCAUUUGUUUUCGAAUCCAACUCUUUCUCUGUCAAUCACUCCGAAAAAAUGAUUCUUUUCAACGUUCAACCGGAAACCACCAAUAAAGAAUCGUCGGAGUCAAAUUCUUCGACCGGAGCCACUAAAGGAGAAGAAGUAACAUCGAAAGAAGAAAGAAAAGAAAAAAGCUAUAGAGGAGUAAGAAAGAGGCCAUGGGGAAAGUACGCCGCCGAAAUAAGAGAUUCGACCAGAAAUGGUAUCAGAGUUUGGUUAGGAACUUUUGAUAGCGCAGAGGCGGCAGCUUUAGCUUAUGAUCAAGCAGCAUUUUCCAUGCGUGGUUCGAUGGCCAUACUGAACUUUCCGGUGGAAGUAGUAAGAGAAUCGCUUCAAGAUAUCAAAUACCGGUUUGAAGAUGGGUGUUCGCCGGUUAUAGCGUUAAAGAAAAAACAUUCGAUGAGAAGAAAGUCAACAAGCAAGAAAAGUAAAAAAGAGACUAAUGAAGUAAACACUAGUAGAAAGCAAAAUGUGGUCGUAUUGGAAGAUUUAGGAGCAGAAUAUUUAGAGGAGCUAUUGAGUUCAUCUUGUGAAGGAAGUCCUAAUCCUAAUUGGUGACUAUAUGUUUAUAAUCUGUUUCGAAACAUUUUCUUUCAAUAUUAUUUUCUUGAUUCUUGAUAAUCUUGAUUAUGAAUCUUGAUUUUCUUCUUUUCUUCUUCUUCUUUUUGAUUUUACCUUUUGUUUGUUAUAAUCAAUUUCUUGCGCAGAUGGUGGGGUUAAGCUUUCUUUGUCCAUCCUGUUUAUUUUGGUUCUGUGUAAAGUUGAAAAUGAUGGAAUAUGUUUAUUAUUAGAAAAUAGAAAUAAUGCGAAUGCUUUCCCUUC